AUGGACCGCGAAGCCAGAGAUCAAGCUUCCGAAUUGGGGCGAGGCCGUUAUCUUCGUUACGAUUCUGUUCGGCGGCAUGUUCUGGACACGGCGCCGGAGUUACAGCUAUUCGGAGGUGACAGAGGCGUAUACCGAACGAUCCUCGAUCGUGCUCCAGGUGAUCCAGUGGUGGAAGAGGAGCUUAUGGAGUACUCAUCGAGCGUCAACGACGAUGACAGAUCAACGAUUCCAAUGCCAGAGAAACAGUCGUACAAGAAGAGGUCUUGCUGUGGGUUAUGCAUCAUUCGCAUGCCGAACACUUCCAGAUUCAAGACCCAUGUGCAUAGUCGGGUGUUCCAGAAGUUCCCCUUCGUCGUCGAGCAGCUUUACUGGGUCCUCAACUAUCUCGUUUACCGCAUGACGACAGUACUGUCGAACAAGAUCUUUGCUGGCCAAGGCAUUUGGACAGCUGCCCGAGCGCACGCGUUGGCGAUUCUCGACCUCGAGCAAUCCAGCUGGCUAAGCUUCAUGUUCCCCGUGCGUGAGCUAGAUAUCCAGCAGUGGUUCAUGCACGGCCAUCAAGAUGCUCUCACUUUCCUGGACCGCUUCUACGCCCUGAUCCACAUCCCAGGCUCGAUGUUCUUCAUAGUAUGGUACUACUAUGCCGCUCCUUCGCACACAACCUUUGCGACAGUACGGCGGACCAUAACUCUCACCAACUUCAUGGCAUUCUGCACCUUUGUUGUCUUUCCGACGAUGCCUCCUCGCCUGCUUCCGAAGGAAUAUGGCUUCCUGGACACGGUCCACAUGGAGGAUGCCGAGAGUCUGUGGCAAGCCGGCAAGUAUGUGAACGCAUUGGCAGCUAUGCCUAGCAUGCACUUUGGCUACUCCUUCAUCAUCGGCUGCACCCUCGUGUACCAUUCUGGUAUUCUCCGGACAAGGUUCGAGAAGUACGAAAGCCGAAAGUCGAUAUUCUGGAAAUCCUUCUACUUGCUGCUGGGGGUGUCGUAUUCUUGCAUAUUGCUGGUGACCAUCAUCGCCACUUCCAACCACUUCUGGCUAGAUGCAUUGAUGGCGUUCUUCUGUUGCUGUAUAGCCUUUGCUUGCAACAAGGUCUUCUUCGUCCUACUACCGAUCGAGGAUGCGUUCCUUUGGAUCAUCAGAGCCGAGAAGCCCAUUCCAAGUACCGGCGAACGAUAUUAUGCUCGUGGUGGGGGAAUAUGA